AUGACAACGGCAGCAUCCAUCAAGGCUAAUUGCCGCAAGGUAAUGUGCAUCGGCCGCAACUACGCCGAGCACGUUGCCGAGCUCAACAACCAGCGGCCCAAGCAACCGUUCUUCUUCCUGAAGCCGCCGAGCGCGAUUCUGACGCCCGGUGCGGGCCCCGUACUGCGGCCGCGCGGCGUCAAGAUGCAUUAUGAGGUGGAGCUGGGGCUGGUGAUUGGGCGGGCGGUGCGCGAUUUGCACCCCGAGGACGCACAGGGUGCGCUGGACUCGAUUGCAGGUUAUCUGCUCGCUAUAGACAUGACGGCGCGCAAUGUACAAGACGAGGCCAAGAAGAAGGGUCUACCGUGGUCCAUCGCCAAAGGCUUCGAUACAUUUCUCCCGAUUAGUAACUUCAUUGCGAAGUCUCGCAUACCCGAUCCUCACAACGCGCGGUUGUGGCUCAGCGUCGGCGGUCAAAUGAAGCAAGAAGACAGUACCGAGCUCAUGCUGUUCAGAAUACCGAGACAGCUUAGCGACAUCAGCAAGGUCAUGUCGCUGGAAAAGGGGGACAUCAUCCUGACAGGUACACCGAAAGGCGUUGGACCAGUCCAAACGGGCGAUAUUAUGAAGGCCGGUUUGAGUGUCGGUGGCCAGGAGGUGGAAGAGGCAAACAUUGAGGUGGAAGUAAAAGAUCGCGAGGGGCCCUACGAAUUCAGAGAGACAUAG